AGACCCGCCCACACCAGAUGGUGAGGUCCCCACUUUCAACUUUAGCUGUUGCUAAAUCUGUGACCCUUUCAAUGAAAUCCAAGGAUCUCAGCUUUAAGAAAGUUAAAAUAAAAUAAAAACAAGAUGUUUUUCAGAGGCGGUUUGAAACGCCUCUCUGAGGUUGUCAGAGAUUGUUUUUGUUUUCUCCCUUUGCCCUUCUUGGAAUGCACCAAACAUAAAAGCAUUUUUUUCAAGCUUUACUUUCACUUUCGAGAGUGCCGUCUAUUUGCCACACACUUCCCUGAUGAAAUGUCUGGAUUUGGACUAAAGAAAAAAGGAAAGGCUAGCAGUCAUCCAACAGAAUCAUGAGACAGACUUUGCCUUGUAUCUACUUUUGGGGGGGCCUUUUGCCCUUUGGGAUGCUGUGUGCAUCCUCCACCACCAAGUGCACUGUUACCCAUGAAGUUGCUGACUGCAGCCACCUGAAGUUGACUCAGGUACCCGAUGAUCUACCCACAAACAUAACAGUGUUGAACCUUACCCAUAAUCAACUCAGAAGAUUACCAGCCUCCAACUUUACAAGGUAUAGCCAGCUAACUAGCUUGGAUGUAGGAUUUAACACCAUCUCAAAACUGGAGCCAGAAUUGUGCCAGAAACUUCCCAUGUUAAAAGUUUUGAACCUCCAGCACAAUGAGCUAUCUCAACUUUCUGAUAAAACCUUUGCCUUCUGCACGAAUUUGACUGAACUCCAUCUCAUGUCCAACUCAAUCCAGAAAAUUAAAAAUAAUCCCUUUGUCAAGCAGAAGAAUUUAAUCACAUUAGAUCUGUCUCAUAAUGGCUUGUCAUCUACAAAAUUAGGAACUCAGGUUCAGCUGGAAAAUCUCCAAGAGCUUCUAUUAUCAAACAAUAAAAUUCAAGCGCUAAAAAGUGAAGAACUGGAUAUCUUUGCCAAUUCAUCUUUAAAAAAAUUAGAGUUGUCAUCGAAUCAAAUUAAAGAGUUUUCUCCAGGGUGUUUUCACGCAAUUGGAAGAUUAUUUGGCCUCUUUCUGAACAAUGUCCAGCUGGGUCCCAGCCUCACAGAGAAGCUAUGUUUGGAAUUAGCAAACACAAGCAUUCGGAAUCUGUCUCUGAGUAACAGCCAGCUGUCCACCACCAGCAAUACAACUUUCUUGGGACUAAAGUGGACAAAUCUCACUAUGCUCGAUCUUUCCUACAACAACUUAAAUGUGGUUGGUAACGAUUCCUUUGCUUGGCUUCCACAUCUAGAAUAUUUCUUCCUGGAUUAUAAUAAUAUACAGCAUUUGUUUUCUCACUCUUUGCACGGGCUUUUCAAUGUGAGGUACCUGAAUUUGAAACGGUCUUUUACUAAACAAAGUAUUUCCCUUGCUUCACUCCCCAAGAUUGAUGAUUUUUCUUUUCAGUGGCUAAAAUGUUUGGAGCACCUUAACAUGGAAGAUAAUGAUAUUCCAGGCAUAAAAAGCAAUAUGUUCACAGGAUUGAUAAACCUGAAAUACUUAAGUCUAUCCAACUCCUUUUCAAGUUUGCGAACUUUGACAAAUGAAACAUUUGUAUCACUUGCUCAUUCUCCCUUACACAUACUCAACCUAACCAAGAAUAAAAUCUCAAAAAUAGAGAGUGAUGCUUUCUCUUGGUUGGGCCACCUAGAAGUACUUGACCUGGGCCUUAAUGAAAUUGGGCAAGAACUCACAGGCCAGGAAUGGAGAGGUCUAGAAAAUAUUUUCGAAAUCUAUCUUUCCUACAACAAGUACCUGCAGCUGACUAGGAACUCCUUUGCCUUGGUCCCAAGCCUUCAACGACUGAUGCUCCGAAGGGUGGCCCUUAAAAAUGUGGAUAGCUCUCCUUCACCAUUCCAGCCUCUUCGUAACUUGACCAUUCUGGAUCUGAGCAACAACAACAUAGCCAACAUAAAUGAUGACAUGUUGGAGGGUCUUGAGAAACUAGAAAUUCUCGAUUUGCAGCAUAACAACUUAGCACGGCUCUGGAAACAUGCGAACCCUGGUGGUCCCGUUUAUUUCCUAAAGGGUCUGUCUCACCUCCACAUCCUUAACUUGGAGUCCAACGGCUUUGACGAGAUCCCAGUUGAGGUCUUCAAGGAUUUAUUUGAACUAAAGAUCAUCGAUUUAGGAUUGAAUAAUUUAAACACACUUCCAGCAUCUGUCUUUAAUAAUCAGGUGUCUCUAAAGUCAUUGAACCUUCAGAAGAAUCUCAUAACAUCCAUUGAGAAGAAGGUUUUCGGGCCAGCUUUCAGGAACCUGACUGAGUUAGAUAUGCGCUUUAAUCCCUUUGAUUGCACGUGUGAAAGUAUUGCCUGGUUUGUUAAUUGGAUUAACGAGACCAAUACCAACAUCCCUGAGCUGUCAAGCCACUACCUUUGCAACACUCCACCUCACUAUCAUGGGUUCCCAGUGAGACUUUUUGAUACAUCGUCUUGCAAAGACAGUGCCCCCUUUGAACUCUUUUUCAUGAUCAAUACCAGUAUCCUGUUGAUUUUUAUCUUUAUUGUACUUCUCAUCCACUUUCAGGGCUGGAGGAUAUCUUUUUAUUGGAAUGUUUCAGUACAUCGAGUUCUUGGUUUCAAAGAAAUAGACAGACAGACAGAACAGUUUGAAUAUGCAGCAUAUAUAAUUCAUGCCUAUAAAGAUAAGGAUUGGGUCUGGGAACAUUUCUCUUCAAUGGAAAAGGAAGACCAAUCUCUCAAAUUUUGUCUGGAAGAAAGGGACUUUGAGGCGGGUGUUUUUGAACUAGAAGCAAUUGUUAACAGCAUCAAAAGAAGCAGAAAAAUUAUUUUUGUUAUAACACACCAUCUAUUAAAAGACCCAGUAUGCAAAAGAUUCAAGGUACAUCAUGCAGUUCAACAAGCUAUUGAACAAAAUCUGGAUUCCAUUAUACUGGUUUUCCUUGAGGAGAUUCCAGAUUAUAAACUGAACCAUGCACUCUGUUUGCGAAGAGGAAUGUUUAAAUCUCACUGCAUCUUGAACUGGCCAGUUCAGAAAGAACGGAUAGGUGCCUUUCGUCAUAAAUUGCAAGUAGCACUUGGAUCCAAAAACUCUGUACAUUAAAUUUAUUUAAAUAUUCAAUUAGCAAAGGAGAAACUUUCUCAAUUUAAAAAGUUCUAUGGCAAAUUUAAGUUUUCCAUAAAGGUGUUAUAAUUUGUUUAUUCAUAUUUGUAAAUGAUUAUAUUCUAUCACAAUUAUAUCUCUUCUAGGAAAAUGUAUCUCCUUAUUUCAGGCCUAUUUUUGACAAUUGACUUAAUUUUACCCAAAAUAAAACAUAUAAGCACGUAAGAACAUUGUCUACUGAUUAAUAUACAAUCAGCCACUGAGCCUAUGACAGCUUAAGGAGUUUGAAAACAUUCCUCAUUUUAAGAAAAGUUAGAGGUAUACGAGGGUUUGUGAUGAUCUUUUUGUAUUUUGGAUGCACUUAGAAUGAAAGAUAAUUGUUUCAAUGGGUAUAAUGCUAUUUCCUUUGUAAAAGAGUAAAAUAUAUACCCAUAUUUUUAACAAGUUUAAUUACAGUAUUUUUUCAAUGGAAAAACUUUGUAUUUUAGUAAGUACUUGUCUCAGUGUUGACUUUGUUAAAUGUUAAAUAUUUUUUAAUAUGCAUACCCAAGGGCAGAAAACAUUUGCAAUUCAUUUUUAUUAGUUAAUGAGAUGAUUAUUUGAAUGAAUAUUGACUUGUAUUUUCCUGAGAUUAUGAGUUUCUGCUGUGGGAGGGUGGAAACAAUUCUCUUACUAAAAGUAUUGUAGGCAGGCUUGCUUUCUGAAGGCUAAUCAGUAUUUGGCUUUGUGGAAACAGAACUUUCCUCCCAUGGUCACAGACUCAGGAGAUGGCGUUGGCGAAAUCACUUGGUCCCACUGGGAUUCUUUGACUCCUGAUCUUGAAAAUUAUGAUAAUAAAUGCAUCUUAGAUAUUCCUAUGUAAUUAGUGAUGAUGAUCGCUGUAUAAUAUAUUCAAAGGAAUGUAUUAUUUUACCAUAAAAUAAUAUGCUACGCAUAAGGUAGUCCUUAUCUAGAAAGACUAUUUUUAUUUUUGUUUUUUUGUUUGUUUGUUUUUUAUUUGUUUGUUUUUGAGACAGAGUCUGGCUCUGUCGCCCGGGCUGGAGUGCAGUGGUCCAAUCUCGGCCCACCGCAACCUCCAUCUCUGAGUUCAAGCUAUUCUCCUGCCUCAGCCACCCGAGUAGCUGGGAUUACAGGCAUAUGCCACCAUGCCUGGCUAAUUUUUGUAUUUUUAGUAGAGAUGGGGUUUCACCAUGUUGGCCAGCCUGGUCUUGAACUCCUGACCUCAAGUGAUCCUCCCGCCUUGGCCUCCCAAAGUGCUAGGAUUACAGGAGUGAGCCACCGUGCCCCACCUUUUUAUUUUGUUUUACAAUACAACAAAAAAUUUUUAGUUUUACAAUAAAAGAGAAUCUGAUUAUUGGAAAUAGACCUGAACAGCUUUUUGAAAUAUUUAUAGUUCUAGUAUUUAAAGAGAAACCUGAAAUUAUAAAGCUGAGUUAAUUUCUAUACCUGAAAUGUUCAUUUGUCUGCUGAAUUCAGGGAGCAUUUGAGAUGUCACAUUUUGGAACUUUGAUUUAAAUAGUUCAGUAUUCCCAAGGCUGAGUUCCAUGACCCUGGAAUGAGAAAUAUCCACUGUACCUCUGGUUCUGAAGAGUCUAUAGUCGGCCAACACUGUGAAUGUGUGGAGGACUAAUUGUCACUUUCACGUUAUUUGCCACCCUGACAGCUGAGACACUGCUUUUCAGCAUUUUAGUUAAGAUUUGCUUUUUAACUGUGCAAUAAUCAUUUUAUUUUGGCAUUAUAAAAUAAAAAUCACAACUUCUGCUUUUCUUAUA